AUGCGGACCCCGCAAGCGGCAUGCUCUUCCGGCAUAGACGAGUCGUUCGGCCCGUGGGCCGGAGAAACGUGCCGGGGCGGCUUCGACUUUACGCUGCUGUUCGAAGAGUCAAUCCUAGCCGUGCCUUUGCACUGUAUCUUUCUACUGGCCCUUCCUACCUGCGCCCUGCGUCUGGUAAGAGCCGACGUCAAGGUCGUGGCCAGCAUUCAGCGCCCUCUCAAGGCUUGCGCAUCCAUCUGUCUGGUAGCCCUCAACCUUGCUCUACUUGUUCUUUGGGCCACCACUUCCUCGGCUGCCAUCACCCAUACACGCGCCACAAUUCCCACUGCUGUUUUGGGGCUCCUUGCGUCCUUGGGCUUCGGCUUCCUGUCAUGGCUUGAGCAUGAUCGGUCCCUGAGGCCAUCCUUUGUCCUCUCAACCUAUCUCUUCUUUUCAGUGCUGCUGGACACUGCCCGUGCUCGCACCUUAUGGAUGCUGGGUCCCAACCAGGCCAUCCCUGCCGUCUUCACCUGCACAUUAGCUCUAAGAGCGCUUAUGAUUAUCUUUGAAUCAGCAGAAAAACGACGCAUCUUAGUGCCCCAACAUAAGGGAUACUCCAAGGAAGUGACGAGUGGUACUUUCAACCGCUCUGUCUUUUUUUGGUUGACAUCCCUCUUCAUUGAUGGGUACAAAAACAUUCUCAAGUUAGAUGACCUGUAUCCAUUGGACCCAAAGCUUGCUUCGGAGCCUCUAUACAGGAAACUUGCCGACGCGUGGAGCCAAGUGCCCGACAAAACAGUUCCCGGCGCUCUGUUCAGCACAUGGCUCCGUGUCUUUGCGGGUCCCAUGUCCGCACCAAUUAUCCCGAGACUCUUCCUGAUCGGCUUCAAUUACGCCCAGCCGCUUCUUAUCCAACAGGCCAUCGGGCUGGCCGGUUUGCCUCAGACCCGCGAGAACAACAACCGUGGUUUUGGCUUGAUAGGAGCUUACGUCCUUGUCUAUACCGGUAUUGCUGUUUCAACCGGUCAGUAUGAGUGGCGUGCUCAACGUGCUGCCUCUAUGACGAGAGGUAGCACGACUGCGCUCGUCUACCAGAAAGCGUUACGUCUGGAUUUGACCUCACCCAACGUAAGCCCGUCGGGGGCGUUGACAUUAGUCGGAACAGACAGCGAGCAAAUCGGUCAAGGUAUCAACCAACUGCAUGAGAUAUGGGCGAGUCUUGUGGAGAUUGCCAUCGGGAUUUACCUUAUCUACAGACAGGUUGGAGCUGCCUGUGCCAUGCCCGUAGCCCUGGUGUUUGUCACAAUGAUCUUGAUGGGUGUGUUGGCGAUUCCAACAGGCAAGGCCUCGGCAGCAUGGAUCAAAGCUUCACAGGACCGCGUGACGACGACGUCGAAGACUUUGGGAAGCAUCAAGUGGUUAAAGAUAUCUGGCCUUAACGAUGUGGCAUUUUCAGUCAUCCAGAGGCUCCGUAACAUCGAGCUAGUCGUGUCAAAGAAGUAUAGGUUUUUGCUCGGCGUAUCCAUGAUGUUGAUGGUUUGCACGCCAAUUUUGUCUCCAAUUCUCACGCUCGCCACCUAUGCCGGCAUUGCAUCGAAAACAAAUGAUACUCUUACCAUCUCAAAGGCGUUCACUGCCACCUCCAUCUUGAUUCUGGUGAACCAGCCUCUAUCUAACAUCAUCAUCGCUCUGCCUAUCACGGCCGUUGCCAUGACGUCGUUUCAAAGAAUCCAGGACUUUUUGAAUGGAAAGGAAAGAGCGGAUACUAGAAUGACUACAGACGGCGAUAAGCCGCCUUAUAAGGCAUUGAAGGGCGACACAACUUCAGGAGGCAUUAGCCCGGUUAAAGAUCUUGAGCUUUCGGAGAUUCAAAAGCCUGAGUCUUGUAGUAAAAGUCUUCCAGAAGAUAUGAUAGCUUCCGUGAACGGAACAUUCUCCUGGACAGACGACUCCAAGCCAGUCAUUGACAUUGCGGAAUGGAACAUCAGGCGGAGAGCUUUCACUUUACUUCUAGGCCCUGUCGGCUGCGGCAAGUCAACGUUAUUAAAAACUCUUCUCGGCGAACUGUCGUCCUUCAAGGGCAUUAUUCGGACCAACUUUUCUGGUGCCGCAUACUGUGGCCAAGCAGCUUGGAUUCCAAAUGCAACAGUGCGCAACAUCGUUGUCGGCCAUGGCGUGUUUGACGAGCCUUGGUAUAAAACGGUCAUCGCGGCGUGCGCUUUAGAGCAGGAUAUUGCAAGUUGGCCUAAUGGAGAUAAGACGGUGGCUGGAACGAAGGGCAUCUCGAUGAGCGGCGGCCAGAAGCAUCGUUUGGCCAUUGCGCGAGCGUUGUACACCAGGCCAGAGUUGUUGCUGCUUGACGAUGUUUUUAGCGGUCUAGACUCUAGCACAGAGGAUAUUGUUUUUAAUAACAUCCUUGGUAGCAAAGGCUUGCUGCGGAACACGGACACGAGCGUAGUUUUGGUGUCAUCAGACUCUCGCCGUAUUCCUUUUGCCGAUGAUCUCUUCUUUCUGAAUGAGGACGGCCACAUCAAGGCGGGACAGUCUGCUUUGCUGUCCACGCAAUCUCUCAACAUAGCCAAAACGGAGACUGUAUCUAACACUACACCAAAGUCCGACAUCGCUCCGGUAGUUCCUGACGCCAGUCCAGGCCCUGGCGCCGUUUUUAGCAAGCUAGAAGAUCAGGCAGACGCUACACGUCAACUUGGCGAUUGGGGCAUGUAUAGCUUCUAUGCCAAGGCAGCCGGUUGGUUCAGUCUAUCAACCUUUGUUGGAUUCAUGAUUGCGUUUGCAUUUUUUGACUCUUUUCCCGACAUCUGGCUCAAAUGGUGGACGGAGGCAAACGAGAAGAAGCCGAACCAAGAUCUUGGUAAGUGGGUUGGAGUUUACGCCGCUCUGGGUGUCGGGUCGAUGCUGUCGUUCAUGGUCAGCAUGUGGCAACUCUUCAUUGUCAUUAUCAACAACUCGGGCGUUUUCUUCCAUGGUGUACUUCUGGAAACCACAUCCCGUGCCCCCAUGUCAUUCCACAGCGCUGUGGACAGCGGCAUUACGGUCAACCGCUUCAGCCAGGACCUGCAGCUCAUCGACAUGGAACUCCCGGCUGCCGCUCUCGGCGUUGCCAUAGGCUUGGUCUUUGGCAUUGCCAGGUUCGUCAUGAUGUCUGUAUCAUCACGAUAUAUGGCAGCUAUUCUCCCAUUUCUCAUCCCCGUCUUUUACGCCAUACAGCACUUCUACCUCCGUACUUCUCGCCAAAUGCGCCUCCUUGAUAUUGAACACAAGGCACCUCUCUACUCGCAGCUUAUCGAAACUUUGGAAGGUCUGGCCACCAUCAGGGCCUUCAGAUGGGAAGACGCCUUCGAGAGAACUAAUAUGGGCCGGCUGGACGACUCGCAACGGCCCAGCUACCUCCUCACCUGCCUCCAGCGAUGGUUGAUAUUUUCCGUGGACAUGACAAUUGCGGUCAUGGCAGUGAUCCUUAUUGUCCUUGUGACCACACUCCGCGAUCAGAUUGGGCCGGCAUUCAUUGGAAUUGCGUUGAACAAUAUUCUCUCAUUUAGCGGAGUCAUCAAGGCAUUCAUCACGUCGUGGGUUAUGCUCGAGGUAUCACUUGGUGCUGUAGCUAGGGUAAGGAAUUUCGCCUUGAACACGAAGUCCGAGGAUGACGGCGGCGGAAACCUUGUUGAGCCGGAGGGCGAAUGGACCAGCCAAGGAAACGUCGAGCUUCGCAAUGUCACGGCGUCAUAUCCUUCGGGAGGAACUGUUCUCAGCGGCAUUACAAUGUCGAUUCAAAAGGGUCAGAAAGUCGCAAUCUGCGGCCGAACAGGCAGCGGCAAAAGCUCCUUGGUUCUUUCCCUGCUUCGUAUGUUGGAAUUAGACAGUGGCUCCAUCACGAUCGACGGCGUUGAUCUCUCAACUCUCCCACACGAAUAUGUCCGCUCCCAACUUGUUGCUGUGCCACAAGAGUCGUACAUCUUUGACGGCAGCGUCCGUUUGAACCUUGAUCCCACAAAGACUGUUUCCGAUCCCGAUGUCAUCGAUGUUCUCAAGAGAGUGAAACUCUGGGAUAAGGUCGAAGAGAGAGGCGGCCUGGACACGACUAUUGAUGACAAGUUCUUCUCUCAAGGCGAGGCGCAACUGCUAGUCUUUGCCAGGGCUAUGCUUCGCAAGGGCAAGAUUCUAAUUCUAGAUGAGAUCACCAGCAGCUUGGACGACGAGUCGAGUCAAGUCAUAGACGAAGUCCUGCGGUCGUGGUUUCAGUCCUGGACUGUCAUUGCCAUCGCCCACAAACUGGACUCCAUUUUGGAUUUCGACAGGGUUGCGGUUGUCGAUGCCGGCGUGUUGGUUGAGUACGACAGGCCCAAGGAGCUUCUUGAGCGGGAUUCGGUCUUUAAGGGGCUGUAUGGGUACUCUGCCAAGACGUCUGGUUAG